CUUAUGCGUCCAUCAAAACUGUCCAUCGCAGAAGCAGUCGGAGUGAGGGAAACAGGUUGAAAAGGGCAGGAGGCUUGAACAAUCAAAUACCGUUGGUUGCAGAUUGUAACCGGACCUAAUACACAAGCUGGAAGGUCUCAGCGCAGCGUGGGUGCCCAGGGAUCCACUGCCUGAGUGUGGGGAGAGCAGCGGCCGAGACCCCAGAGACAUGAACCACACAAAGGGCGGCCUGGUCAUCUUCACCGCCAACUCACACCCCUCCAGCCGUGAGCUGGGCAAAAGGAUUGCAGAGCGGUUAGGGGUGGAGCUCGGCAAGGUGCAGGUGUACCAGGAAGCUAACAGAGAAACACGGGUACAGAUUCAAGAGUCAGUGCGAGGCAAAGAUGUCUUUGUGAUCCAGACAGUGUCCAAAGAUGUGAACACCACCAUAAUGGAGAUGCUGAUCAUGGUGUACGCAUGCAGGACGUCCUGUGCCCGAAGUAUCACGGGCGUCCUCCCCUACUUCCCCUACAGCAAGCAGUGUAAGAUGAGGAAAAGGGGCUCCAUCGUCUCCAAGCUCAUCGCCUCUAUGAUGUGUAAAGCUGGUCUCACCCACCUGAUCACCAUGGACCUCCACCAGAAAGAGAUUCAAGGCUUCUUCAACAUCCCAGUGGACAAUCUGAGAGCCUCCCCCUUCCUGCUGCAGUACAUACAGGAAGAGAUCCCUGACUACAGAAAUGCAGUGAUUGUGGCCAAAUCUCCAGCCUCUGCCAAAAGGGCUCAGUCGUUUGCUGAGCGGCUGCGUCUGGGUAUAGCGGUGAUCCACGGUGAAGCUCAGGACGCAGAGUCAGACCAGGUAGACGGACGACACUCCCCACCCACCGUCAAGACCACCGGAGCCAUUCACCCCAGCAUGGAGAUCCCAUUGUUGAUUCCUAAAGAGAAGCCUCCCAUCACUGUGGUCGGAGAUGUCGGAGGACGCAUCGCCAUCAUAGUGGAUGACAUCAUCGAUGAUGUCGACAGUUUUGUGGCAGCAGCAGAGACGCUGAAGGAAAGAGGGGCCUACAAAAUCUUCGUCAUGGCAACACACGGCAUCCUCUCCAGCGACGCCCCCCGGUUCAUAGAGGAGUCGGCCAUUGAUGAGGUGGUGGUGACUAACACGAUCCCCCACGAGCUCCAGAAGCUCCAGUGUCCAAAGAUCAAAACGGUCGACAUCAGCAUGAUCCUGUCAGAGGCCAUCCGCCGCAUCCACAACGGAGAAUCCAUGUCCUACCUGUUCCGCAACAUAGGAGUGGAUGACUGAACGACCCGUCACACACACACAAAAAUACACACACACUGGAACACACAUACCAUUUGCCUUUUCAGAUCUUGUCAGAAACUUAGGGCUGAAUGUCUGACACUGAAAUUGCUACAGACAUACAAAUACCCAUGUCCUACUUGUACACACAAACAGAAAAGCUAACCCUUUCCUUUGAGUGCAGCUUAACAUAGAUGAUGACUGAACACACACACACCAGUCUUGUACCGUAUCUGUGACUGAACACACACUGAUCUGUGUGACUACUGCUCAUCUCUUCCCAAUUGCUGCCCCCACCUUGUUUUUUUUCUUCUCUUCUCUCUUUCUCAGUCCCUUCUUUUGUCACCUGUCUGUCUUGUCUACGUUUUCCUCCAUGUGUGUUUCCAUAGAAAUUCAUGUUAACGUUAAGUCUUAGUGUUAGAACAUGAUAUCUGUUAGCAUCGAAUGUCUCUUGCGGUACAAUCUCCUUUGCUAAUAGUAUCAGAAAGAGAGUCAGUGCCUUCUACAGGACAUACUCACAACACACAGGCCUUCACUAGUCCAAUACGCAGCUGUGUCUCAGCUAACAGAGCUAAUCCAUUAUGGCCCCUGUAUUUAAUCCAGGAAUAGCCAGCUAACAAAUAUGUGCAGAGUAGCAGAGUGCCUGUUUAACCCUCCCUCAGAUUUACGUUUAUUUAUGUAGUGUGUGAAUGUGCUGCUAAUAUAGUUAGCUUAGACUCCUACCUGCUAGCCAUAUGUCUGCGUGCUUGCCAGAGCAAUUCAUCUGGUGUCAAAUCUACUAAUUGCUAAACUGAACUGGAAUUGUUACAGGAAGUAUUUUCUCAGUCUGGUAAAUCAGAUGUUAGAAGCAUUGUACAGCAGUGCACCUGUGAAAUAUGUCCUCACAAGUCAUCCAUAUAGCAUUGUGUGCCAUAGUGUCAGUGCCUGCUCAUAUUUUGUAUUUGUUCAUGCCACAAAUAAGCAGUUGGAUAGAAAGCAACUCACGGAUUUCUCAAGCGACCAGUCCCACAUUUGAAUACACGGCAGUUUUACUCUCUGGUAAGAAGUGGAGGGUUGCUCUUCGUCAUUUGGGAAUGGGUAAAUUAGUCCUUGAUCCUGAGGUCAUUAUGAAAGUGACUGAUUAAUUUAAACACAUUCUACCUGAGUUUCAAAAAUACAAGUUCCAAACUGCAGCUGAAGCUGGGAAAGUAAAUUGAAACCUUUUCUGAAUUGAAACUUGACUGAAGCAGGUCUUUGUCACUUUACCAGAUGUGUUCCAAAAAUGUUUUGUAUUUAUUUUCAGCACUUAAUAUGAAUAAAUAUGACCUGAGACAGUAA